AUGGUACGGUUCCAGGAAAGGCAUCGGGGAGCUCAACAUCAACCUCGACUUGGCAGUCUGAAAAACGAGGAGUGCAGAAAGAAGUCCCGAUCAAUAUUGGAUUACGGACGCUGCAAAGAAAACGCCCCUGGUUUUAGCAUCAAGGAAGAAGUUCUCCUUUGCAUCUACGGAGACAAUGUCCACAUACCAUUCUGUGUUUGCCGCACUACUGGUGACUUCAGCCAAGAGAAGCGUCUGAGAAGAAGGUUGCGUCGUCAGCUGAAACGUGAUCGUGAAAACGAAGGGACAUCAAGAGCGAAGGAGCUUGAGAAGGCGUGGGAGGACAAGGACCCAAGAAACGCCUCCUGCUGA